CACUGGGUCCCUUUGCAGUAGUGUGGAGUAGACUGGAUAGUUGUAGACAGAGCCGAGGAGACGCGUGAACAAACAGAAGUAGUGCCAUAAAGUGAACAUUUGACACUAUCGCAAAGCUUUUCAAGACUUGUCACUUUUGCCGCGUGGAUCCGUCUUUUACUGCCAUCAGAGAGAGACACACACCGACUGAUUCUAACGCGCGUGUGUCAGCUGGCAUGAGCUAACCUACCAGACAUGGAAACCAAACCUUUCUUGUCAUUGGGGUUCCUGAAGCCCCAGUGCUCAAUUCCGCCACCCCCUCAGAGAGGACGAGCAGAUGUGUGUACAUGUUUCAGCGGCAUGUGUCCUCUUCAUCAGCGCAGGCUUUCUACAGAUUCCUGUGGACAGGUGACGUCCUCUCCUCUCAGCUCACCUACAUCCCAUCGGGGGAUGCAUCCGUCUCUUCUGAGCCCAACUUCUUUAGGCCCAUCGGGGUCCCUGCACUCCCCCAUCAGCACUCUGAGCUCGCCCAUGAAUGGCCUGGGCUCUCCCUUCUCUGUCAUCAGCUCGCCCAUGGGGCCACAUUCCAUGGCAUCACCGGGGAUGGGCUACGGCCCCAGCAUUAGCCCACAGCUGAACUCGCCCAUGAACUCUGUCAGUAGCUCAGAAGACAUCAAGCCACCGCUGGGCAUCAACGGUGUGAUGAAGGUGCCAGCUCAGCCCUCGGGCACCCCCCUCUCCCUUACCAAACACAUCUGUGCCAUCUGCGGCGACCGCUCCUCAGGUAAACACUAUGGUGUGUACAGCUGUGAGGGAUGCAAGGGUUUCUUUAAGAGGACUGUGCGCAAGGACCUGACCUACACAUGCCGAGACAACAAGGACUGUAUUAUCGACAAACGCCAGCGCAACCGCUGCCAGUAUUGCCGCUAUCAGAAGUGUUUGGCCAUGGGCAUGAAGAGAGAAGUGUUGUUACAUACAGCCGUCCAGGAGGAGCGCCAGCGAGCUAAGGAGCGCAACGAGAAUGAGGUGGAAUCGACCAGCAGUGUGAACGAGGACAUGCCCGUGGAGAAGAUCCUGGAGGCAGAGCUCGCUGUGGAGCCCAAGACAGAGACGUACAUCGAGACCAACCUGGCCAUGCCCUCAAAUUCACCCAAUGAUCCAGUCACAAACAUCUGUCAGGCCGCAGACAAACAGCUCUUCACUCUGGUGGAAUGGGCCAAGAGGAUCCCACAUUUCUCAGAGCUGCCUCUGGACGACCAGGUCAUUCUUCUACGAGCAGGGUGGAAUGAACUCCUCAUUGCAUCAUUUUCACACCGUUCCAUUGCAGUGAAGGACGGAAUACUGUUGGCCACAGGAUUACACGUGCACCGGAACAGUGCCCACAGUGCAGGAGUAGGAGCCAUAUUUGACAGGGUGCUGACGGAGUUGGUGUCAAAGAUGAGAGACAUGCAGAUGGAUAAAACAGAGUUAGGGUGCCUUCGAGCAAUCGUCCUGUUCAACCCAGACUCCAAAGGCCUGUCCAACCCUGGUGAAGUUGAAGCACUAAGAGAGAAGGUCUAUGCCUCACUGGAAGCUUACUGCAAACAGAAGUAUCCUGAACAACCUGGAAGGUUUGCUAAGCUCUUGCUGCGGCUCCCUGCCUUGCGCUCCAUUGGACUCAAAUGUCUAGAGCACCUGUUCUUCUUUAAGCUCAUAGGGGAUACGCCCAUCGACACCUUCCUUAUGGAGAUGCUGGAGGCGCCCCACCAAAUGACAUAGCGCCCUCUUGUCACCGGGGGUAGUGAGGGGCUGCCACUCUCCUCGCCCCCCCAAACAGAAACUGAUCACAUGACACCAUUUGCCAGAGUGGAGAGGCUUCAUAAGCAACUUUGAGCACCUCCGCUUGACUCAGCAUUUUAAAUACAAUCAUGGCAUUGAUGGGUCUGUUUUAUACCUUGUAUAAAGAAAUAAAUAUAUAAUACAUUAGAAAAAAACCGAAAAUGGACUUCAAGCCCACAGACAACAGUGGACAUGGGUGUAUCAAACUAUCCUUCAAUGGGUAUAUGUACAAAAGAAGAUGAAAAACCGUAUAGAUUUGAUUUGAUGGAGGUACAGUUCUUCAUUGUGCAGUAAUUGCAGAAAUACCACAAGGGUCGGCAUGGAAAUUGCCGGAUUGGGUAUGCUGAGAUUCAGUGGGUUUUAUGGGAGGGAUCCAGGACUCUUAAUUAGACUCAUGUGGAUGAUAGGUGGGUGGACGUUAUAGGGCCAGCCACUACAGAGUAGGCUGGCGUGUCUGGACACAUGAAGACUUAUGGGAUAUGAUAAUGAUGGUAAUAUGGUGAGGCUGGUAGCCUAAUGGCUAAUGAUUCAGGCUUCUAACACAAACAUUGUUUUUAAUCUCUGGUGGGAGCUACCCAGGAUUAUAAAUUAUUGAGAUUACAAUCCUGUUACAAUCGUUCCUGAUAGAAUGUUCCGGUAAUUACUGUGUUGUAAUGUCAAGUUGCUAUGGACGAAAGAAUCAGGUCAGUUGCACGUCACCAAGCAAGAGAAUGGAUGAUGAACUAAGUUCUCGCAGUACUCUGAGCCUAGUUCACUUCGAGCAUCAUCAAAGGUGGACAGAAGACGCAAUAAGGACCUUUUCUUCAGGAUCACACUGGCAGAGGUCCUGUGCCAUUAGAACCCAGUCCUGAGCAGCCUGCACCAUACAAUUCAUCUGUGGUUACAGAUGAAGAGAACAAGCUGGAUUAUGAUCAUUCACACUUCAUUAUGUACUUUAAACACACAUACACAUUUCAAAAUUAAAUCUGCGUGUCGCAGAUUUCACUCACUGUUGAACAAUGAAAACCAAGGACUCUUAUGGUGGAAAACUAGCCACCUAAAAAUUGCCCACACAUCCCACUAUGUGUCUUUUCUGUAUACCAGUUCACCUCAAGCUGUUUCCUAAACUAGCUCAACACUUGUACAGUUUACUACAACCAGCUCAGUAUUGGUAUCCUGUAUUUUCUAAUGAUUUUCCAAAAUGUGUGCAGUUACCUCUCUUUCGGUCACUUUUACUAUGGUAUAUUGAGUCCUUUGUGCCCCCAUCCACUCCUGUGUCUGCUGUUCAAAUGAGCCGUCCCAUGCAGUCAAGACUUUUGCGUAUCAUUAUGAUGUUCUCCAUUUCUAAGCACUUAAUGUCAAGUUUCAAGUCCCAUUGUUGUAUUAUUUUAAGAUUAUAGAGGUUUAGAUGGUGAGAUUGUGGUGUUCUGCAUAGAGAAAAUAGACCAGCAAGCACUCACAACUUCCAUUCCUCUGUAAAAAAAAAAAAAAAAAAAAAAAAAAUGUCUACUACUAUCUACAACUUUUCUCACUUUUUUGUAAGAUAUCUUCUGUUUUGGGUCUAUAUUUUGCCAUCUUCAGCAUUUUCUUUCAUUCUGUAAUCUGCUGCUGCUAAACUAUGCAUCUAGCAUUACCGCCCCCCCCGCCGCCAAAGACUGUCCAUAGUGAGUUUGAUGUCUUUUACAAACUGUCCGGCCAAAGCUAGCUAUGAAACCUGUGGCUGUGACCACAUAAUGAGCAAGCAUACAGAGACUCAAUGUCCUUGAUAUACUAUCAGGACCAGCACUCGGGUCUCCAGUCAUAAUACCGACGACAGUUUGCAUUUUGGACUCGAGUCUUUGCAUCUAGAUAAGCGAGGAGUCUGCACAGUCCAAGUAGUGAAUGCUGAGAUCAUGGGAGAUCUGAGACUAGACUACCCCCUAGUGGUGGAGAUGCAGCACUGCAACAUUACUUGAAUUUUGUACAAGUAUUUAAUCGGAGAAAAUGGCACUUUUACGCGAUAUUAUCAGUGUUUUUAUUUGAGUGCAGUCUCGCAAACAGUCUUCAGCAAUAGCAUGAUUUAAAUCAUUCGAGCGGGUUUAUAAAGAGUGAAGCCGAACCAAUUUAGAUACUAGUUUUCAUUAAGGAUGUCUCUACGUUACGAAUUAAAUGAAUAGGUUCAAUUCUGAAAAUCAGCUUUGCGCCCUAUUACCUCAUUACCCUCAUUCCCUUUGCGUAGCAAAUACAUUUAAUGGCUUCAUCAGGUAUCUUGAAGCCAUAUGCAGGUUUAUAAGAUUAUAAUAAUGAUGAAACUUUCUCCUGUAGGAAACAAAUUGAGAGUUUUCUGAACUCAUCCAGAAAUGAUCACCUAGAUAGAAUUAAUACAUACACAAAUGCUUUAUAACAUAAAGCUAUAUUUUGUCUAUAUGUAUAUGUGUGUAUAUUUCUAAUGAAAAUAUAUAAAUCCAUUCUUUAAAUGUUUCCAGACAAUGUUAGCAAAGAGGGAGCCACGUGUGUGCUUAAAUGGACUAAAACCAGGUCUAAUUGCACUGUGUAAUAUUCUCAGAUAGAAAUGUUUUUUUUUACAUUUUGUUGAAGCUUUUGUGUUCAGCCAAUGAAAGUUUUAGAUCGAUACCAGCAAUUCCAAUCCCUAAGAAAGAUCGUACACCAGCUCGUUGACAGAUUUGGAAAAAAGCAAAAAUAAAAGCCUGGUAAGUGGAAAAGACAGAGAAACACGUUGCUUUGCUACUCCCCCCCGUGAAUUCUAGUAAGGAUAAACUCUGACCCUGACACAAUCACCGCUUUAGCCGUCACAGAGACAGAACCUUUUAAAACAUUGAGAAAACUAUAGGACAUCUAGAGAAAGAGAGCAAAUCUAUUUUUGUACAAAUGUAAUUUUAUCCCUUGCUUAUGUAUAACCCCCCUCCCUUUCUCUUUCUGUGGGCUGUUGUAUACAUUUGUGUAAAUUUUGAUUUGAAAUGGAAAGAAAUUCAAAUCAGGGCGUUCUAAAGUGGAGUGUGUAAGGGGUGUGACGUCAGCUUUUAACUGUACUUUGCCUUUUUGUUUUUUGUUUUCAUUUGCCAUCUCAAAGAGAUGGGGUUGUUAUCUCAUAUUGUCUUAUUUUUAAAGAAAUGGAAAAAAGUCAUCUGUUCUUUGUGGGUUGUUCUUUGAUGUCUUGUCUUUAAUGCAAAUUAAAAUAUAUAUAUAUUAAAAGUCAAAAAUAUUAAUU